AUGGAGCAGUUUGUCCGCGUUCGUCCGUCAUUGCGACAGGCAGUGACGGUUGGAUUGUGGCUGUUCACCGUUUGCCUGGGAUGGGCCGGAGGGACAGUCAUAGCCAGCAGCAAGCUGGAACGGUGCGUCAAGGACGGAGCGGUGGAGACUGCGUCCCUGGCGUGCAAUGACAAGCUCGUGGUCACCGUGGCGGUGGAGGGAGGCAGGGAACUGGACACCGAGCGACUGGAAUUUGAGAUGGGCUGCGUGGGAAGUCCCGAAUGCCCGUGCCCCUGCAACUACGCCUCGGACCGGACAUGCUCCUGCCGCGAUCUGGGCCAAAAACUGUCGAUAAACCUUCAGAAGACUCCUGUGUCUGCCGCCUACCCGCUCACAUACGUCCAGUCGUUCAACGCCAAGCCCACGGAGGUCACCCAUGCAGGCCUCACGAAUUGCCAGGGUUUCGAGUUGGGCAGUGCUCAAACGCAGUUUGAGAUCACCGUGAAGGUGGAGAAGAUCGCAGGGGUGGGCCCGCCUGCCGAAGCCUCAGCUGGGAGCGAAACUUCGCCCGACAUAGACACAGAGUCCCUUGUGCUGAGCCCGUCCGAACCGCACAAGAUGAGCGAAAACAGGACAGUGGAGGCUGAGCUGCUGGGAGACCUU